AUGGUGCCCCCCGAAGCUGUUGUAAAGGUUUCAGAUAAGGUGAAUGACAAUGCUAGGCCGGAUGAGGUGAAGGACGAGGUUAAAAUGAUUGAUGUCGAGAUAUAUGUUCGACAAAAAUUUAUAAAUGAUCAAAUUUUCAAUGAUCGUCAACAUAUGCUUGAAUGGGUCCGAAUGGAAGCUAGCAAACUCGGGUUUGGCGUUGUGAUUGGAAGUUCCAACAAUGACACUAGUAGAAGGCAAACAUUUGUAACAAUGAGAUGCAAGAGAAAUGUAAAAUAUGUUCCAAAAAUUCGGAAGUUAAAACAUGCUGACACCAGAUCGAGAAAAUGUGAGUGUCUAUUUAAAUUGCGCGGAUAUUGUACGGUGGAUGAUAUCUGGCAGUUUGAUGUCAUUUCUGGUAUACAUAAUCAUGUGCUGGUCACCAAGCUUUAA